AUGGCGCUGUCGCCUAUCGCUAGGAAAGGUGUAGUGAUAGCGGCGGUGAUACUCGCACUUUAUUUCUUCCUGGUGCCGGCAGCAGUACGGAGCGUGAGUGCUCCUCCUCCGGCUGCUGUCCCCGCGGACAGCUCGUUCGAGCAGCACAAAGACUCCAAACCUAGCCGACCAUAUCCUCCACCCCCAGCUAAGAACCAAAAGCCUAUCGAGGACGUCUCUACAAAACCUCUCCGAGAACGAUUAAAAUACCACUUCCCCUACGACAUCGAGUCAAAGUUUCCAGCGUACGUCUGGCAAACAUGGAAGGCAGCACCGGGCUCGGGCGACUUCGCAGACCGACUGCGGCCCUUCGAGGCAUCCUGGACAGAGAAACACCCCGGGUUCGUCCACGAAGUCAUCACUGAUGAUGCCGCACCUCAUCUCAUCAACUAUCUUUACGCCUCCGUGCCCGAAGUCGCAAGAGCGUACCGCGCCAUGCCGCUGCCUGUCAUCAAGGCAGAUUUCUUCCGCUACCUAAUCUUGCUGGCGAGAGGCGGAAUAUAUUCUGAUAUCGAUACCAAGGCACUCAAGCCAGCCACCGACUGGCUCCCGGCCGACUUCGACAAAGCAUCCGCGGGCUUGGUCAUUGGCAUCGAAGCUGAUCCCGAUCGCGAGGACUGGGCGGAGUGGUAUGCCCGGCGCAUUCAAUUCUGCCAGUGGACGAUCCAGUCCAAACCCGGCCACCCGGUCCUGCUCGAUAUUGUGGCCACCAUCACGGAAAAGACGCUGCAGAUGCAGUCGAGCAAGACAUUUUUGAAGGGCGACGCAUUACAGAAGAGCAUCAUGGACUACACCGGUCCAGGAAUCUGGACGGACACCAUCUUCAGGUAUUUGAAUAAUAAGGACUAUUUCGAUUUCUCGGACAGGAAGACAAAUGUAACAUAUUCGGAUUUCUUCAAUUUGGAGGAGCAGAAGCGGAUUGGCGAUGUGGUUGUGUUGCCUAUUACCAGUUUCAGCCCUGGGGUCGGACAGAUGGGCGCGAAGGAUACAGACCACCCGCUGGCGUUUGUCAAACAUGAGUUUGAUGGCAGCUGGAAGCCUGAGGACGACAAGACUCGAAAGAAGCACGACUGA